CUUUAAGAAAUCAAACCAUCCAGUACCCACAUAGUGCCUGAACAGACAGCCGGAAUAAUACCCAUCCCCGUGGAGUAAUUGACGCCCUACCCAUCCACCUCAUACCUCAACUUCACCCUCCCCAACCCAUCACCCACCAUGCCCAAAGACAAAGAACGCAGCUUAAACCCGGCGGCGGCGCAACGCAAACUCGACAAACAAAAAAGUCUCAAGAAAGGCAAAGCCGAAGCGCAAGCCCGUCGAAACGAGAAAUUAGCGCGUCGCAACCCCGAGCGCAUCCAACGACAAAUCAACGACCUCAAAGCAUUCGAAGAAUCAGGACAAAAGCUACGACCCCGCGAUCAGGAGCUUCUGGAAGCCCUGGAACGUGAUCUGCGCGCCGUGCAGAAGGCCAGAGAAGCGUUGGGCGAUAAGGCACCCAAAUUCGACAACUUUGAAUCUAGACGAGGCGGUCAGCACCGUGGGCGCGGGGAUGCUGCAGUCUUAGGCAAACGCAGGCGAGAUGGCGGCGACGGCAACCGGUUUAGGCAAGAUGGUGAUGACGGGAGUAGUAGUAGCGACGAGACAGAUGAGGAGGUGAGAAGGAUACCCAUGCCGAGGGAUACGCCUCCGCCUAUCCCGCGACAGUAUCGGAAAGGAGGGCCAGGAGGAGAGGCUGCAGGUGGUGGAGGUCGGGGCCCGCACGCUCUUCCGGCGAAACCGCCCGUCGUUGAGGCGAAGACGGUGUACGAGGCCAAGCCGGAGAUCAGGAAUCUCCGACAAGAGGCGAUCAAUAAGUUCGUUCCUGCAGCAGUCAGGGUUAAACAGGAAGCUAUACGGGGACAAGGCAAGCUCUUGGAACCAGAGGAGAUGGAUCGGCUGGAGCAAGCAGGGUAUAAUGCUGGACCUGCAGAAGGCGAGGAGAGAGCUUCGUCAGCUGCACCAGCUGCUGAUGAUGAGGAUGCUCAACGCAGACUCGAAGAGGAGGAGAGGCGGUUCAAUCAGGAGCUUCGGUCUGUGCAGAUCGAAGAGGUGGAGGAUGAGGAAGCAUAAUGAUCAAUCACUUCUUCUUCUUCUUCUUCUUCCACCAUGACCUGACUCGUGACCCGUCACCCCAUGAUCAGGAUUUUACGAGGCGUUAGUCGGAUCUCAAAUCAAUGUAACUAUAACUCGAUGCGAUACGAAAAAAAAUUAAACAUCAAAAUUUCAUCACCCGUCCAUUGACAGUUGAAUUUCCAAACAAGCUAUUUUUGGUCACGAGUUAACUUCGGACAUAUGCACCAAUUUGAAUUAUUGGAGUGAGAUGACAAGAAUCAAAGCAAAGCCUGCCAUUGCAGAACUUAAGAGAGAAAACCCAAUUGGUAUGUACACAGGAGCCCUUCCCAUACCAUAUGUAGCCCAUGAUUCACCAAAUAAACACCAACCGUGAAACACCAUUAGAAUGGGGGUGGAAAGGAAAUGUGAGGUUCAAAAGAGUGUGGCAGAGGAUAUCUAGGGAAAGGCCGUGGUAAAAGGCUCGA